AUGGUAUUGAGAAAAAUUUUGCAUUUGCCUAAUCUCAAACAGAUGACUGCCGAUAUUGCAGGCCCUUACCCCCAUCCCAAAAAAGAGUUGGGACAUGCAAUUAAUUACUUGACCGGAAACCAUGACUACGAUAUUCCUGAGAAAACCAAGAUGGACGAGCUGGCAACUCUGCGGGCUCGGCUGGAAACCAAGCCUUCGUUUAACCCCAAUUUGAAGUUUGAUCCAAAAAAGCAUUUCGUAUUCAAAGAUGAGUAUUAUGAAACAGUCAAGCAGUUCUCACUUUCAGAUCUCAACAUCAAAAAGACAAGAGUUAAACCAGUAUCUGAUUUUGCUGCAGCCUAUCCUUUCCCAUUGUUAUCUCCGGAAGCAGUUGAUAUGGUAUUAUGGGAAGCAGUUCGGCCAGACAUUGUCGAAAAGUAUGGCCGGCUUCCCAACCUUGCCAAGAGUGCUACCAGACUAGAUUUUCAUAUUGGCGGACACUGCAGCAGACAAGGUCCCUUCACUCAAGCCAUGCUGACGUCUCCAAUACUUUAUAAGAUAAUUGAGGGAUUUUGCAAGGUUAAGGUGAAAGCCCUAUUUAGUGCAGGACAUUUCAACUUUUCACUUGCUUCCAAUGAUCCAGAGGAAAUCUUGCGGACUGAAAAAAGCAAAGAUGAACAGUUCCGUAUUUACGAGGCGCAAAGCAAGGAAGGAGGAGAUGAAAUACCAUCCAGCUUGGGAUUACACUACGAUUCUUCAAGUUUUGCACUUGUCAUCAUGAUGGACAUGGGAGAUGAUGCAGUGGGAGGUGAAACCGGUAUUGUUACAGGGGAUGAUAAAUUUGUGCGGGUCCCAGAUCCAAAAGUUGGGUAUGCUACCUUGAUUCAAGGCAUGGUUUUGAAACACGUCGCUACUAAGCCCAUAUCGAAUUCAAACAGAAUUACAGCUGUUGGCGGAUACUGUGUUUCUGGGCCAGAGAUGCUUGAUAAUAUCUUGCUGACAAGUGUCAAACCGUCCAUUCUCCCACGAAACAAUUACGACGAGUUCUAUAAUGACUGGGCACAAUUCAGGCUUAAGAAUCUUGAAGAACAUAUUGGCUUCUAUCGCAAAAAGCUCAUGAAAGCAGCAGAUGAGGGUAAAACUUUCAAUCAGUUAUCCUUCAUCAAAAGAUGCAGGGAAAUGGAAAGAUAUUUGGUGAAAUGUUGGGAUGAGAUGGAGGCAUACAAUAACCCCCCAUUCCCCCCGGCGGAGUUUAGCACACCUUACAGUGAGCUUCCUGAUUUGGAAGAUCGUCCAAAAGUACUCUAUAUCCCUGCAAAUGAUUCUGUGCACGACGACCAAGCAUGGAAAAUUCUCAAUGAGAGAUUUGAGCUGAUCUAUUACGAUUGUAAAACAGAGCAGGAGUAUAUUGAAGAAGUUCAGAAGCCAAACGGUAGAUUUUCAGGGAUCAGAGCUAUUUGCCGACCAACUUGGCUGAAAGGAUAUCCAUAUGUAAACCACUUCCUGUUCCGCAAUGAGCCUGUCAAGCACUUGCCUGAUUCUGUUGAGAUUAUAGUCCAGUCUGGCCAUGGAUACGAUAUUGUCGAUCUUGAAUAUUUGACUUAUGCAGAAAAUUGUGUUUGGAAAGGUGAUUACUACGGUGCAGCUCCCUUAACAUACUGGGGAGAUAAUCCUAGUGGAAGAACACUCGGAAUUAUUGGCCUCGGAAGCAUUGCUAUCCGCGUCGCUCGAGCAUGCAAGGCAAUGGAUAUGAACGUUGUCUAUCAUAAUAGGUCUCAAAAGCCUGAUUAUGAGCUAGAAAUCGAAGGUUUGAAGUUCUAUCCAGAUUUGAACGAAAUGCUUGCAAUCACUGAUUGCAUAUUUAUCAGCUGUCCAUAUACUCCAGCUACUAAGCACUUAAUCAAUUUUGAUCGUUUCAAAUAUAUGAAAGACAAGGUCAGACUGGUUAAUAUCGCGCGCGGUCCGAUUGUUGAAGAAGCCGCAAUCAUUGAUGCUUUAGAAAGGGGCCAGCUUGUCGGUGCAGGGUUUGAUGUCCAUGAAUUUGAACCCAAGAUUCAUCCCAAGCUUCUUGCCGACUAUAGGGUCACUUUGCUUCCUCAUAUUGGAGUUGCUUCAAAGGAUAGCUUCAAGGCAUUUGAACGCAAAUGCGUGGAAAACUUGGUUGAAUAUUUUUACGGAAAUGGGAAACCGUCUGCGGUCAAUAAAGAGCUUUUAGAGGACAUCAAUUGA